AUGUCUGCCGUCACUCAGCACAACCUCGAGACCCCUUCCAAGAAGGUCGCAGCUGGCCUCGCUGGCAUCGACGUCAACGCCACCCCUUCCAAGAAGGCCGCCGCCAAGAUCAGCGCGCAGAACGAUGACGACUUCUCCGACCCCGGCUUCCUCACCAAGGGCAAGAUCGUAGAUGCAGCCAAGACUACCGACGUCGCCGCUGCUGACUCUGAGGAUGUCCACGGCAAGUUUGUCGGCGACGUUGACCUGCCCGAGGAGGAGGAGCCUCUCCUUGUCGAGACCAGCCGUCGUUUCGUUCUCUUCCCCAUCCGCUUCAACGAGAUCUGGCAAAUGUACAAGAAGGCCGAGGCCUCCUUCUGGACCGCCGAGGAGAUCGACCUCUCCAAGGACCUCCACGACUGGGACAACAAGCUCAACGACAACGAGCGCCACUUCAUCUCGCACGUCCUUGCCUUCUUUGCCGCUUCCGACGGUAUCGUCAACGAGAACCUCGUCGAGCGAUUCAGCUCCGAGGUCCAGGCUGCCGAGGCUCGCUGCUUCUACGGUUUCCAGAUCAUGAUGGAGAACAUUCACUCCGAGACCUACUCGCUCCUCAUCGACACCUACAUCCGUGAGCCCGAGCAGCGCGAGUUCCUCUUUGACGCCGUCGAGACCAUCCCCGUCGUCAAGCAGAAGGCUGACUGGGCUCUCCGUUGGAUCAGCGACCGUCGCGCCACCUUCGCCGAGCGCCUCGUCGCCUUCGCCGCCGUCGAGGGUAUCUUCUUCUCUGGUUCCUUCGCCUCCAUCUUCUGGCUCAAGAAGCGCGGUCUCAUGCCCGGUCUUACCUUCUCCAACGAGCUCAUCUCGCGUGACGAGGGUCUUCACACCGACUUCGCCUGCCUUCUCUUCAGCCACCUCAAGAAGCGCGCGCACCCCGACACCGUGCUCAAGAUCAUCAGCGAGGCCGUCGAGAUCGAGAAGGCUUUCCUCACCGACGCCCUUCCCUGCAGUCUUAUCGGCAUGAACGCUGCCUUGAUGCGCCAGUACAUCGAGUACGUCGCCGACCGCCUGCUUGUAUCGCUCGGAAACCCCGUUCACUAUGCGGCGACCAACCCUUUCGACUUUAUGGAAAAUAUCAGCCUACAGGGCAAGACCAACUUCUUCGAGAAGAAGGUGGCCGAGUACGCAAAGACCGGUGUGGCACGCAGGGAGAACGAGGAGGGUGGUGACGGCACGCAGAAGAACACACACACCUUCUCGCUCGAGGAGGACUUCUGA